AAGCAUUACUAGGGAUUCGUCUCGACUAUCUGCGUAAAAUAUAUGAAACAUCAGCAGCUAGAUUAUGGUCGGAAGCGAUUUUGGUUUUCAGUAAUGGCUUGUAGCCCGCUCUAACAAAACCCGAACCUAAAUUGCAUAUAUUGUUGAACACAGAACUGCAUCGUUACUUCCUCGAUCAAGUACCAACGAGGCCAUCAAUUCUUCCACGCCCUCCGUGAACCAGGUGCCCCACCGCGAGCACGAGCGGCAUGAUGCCCAGUGCAGAACCAUUAGAUCCUUCAAACGGCCAAGAACCAACAUCUACAACGCUCGGUUGCCCCAUCAAGUGCCGCGGAGAGACGCUUCCAAUUGUUCAAUCCUCUUAGCCAUAUCAUGCUUCCCACAAUUCUUCAAUCCGUCAGUAACCAAAUCAAAGCACCGCGACAUCGGCAUCAACCCCAUCACAGUCAUUUCCACCAAGUAAUUCGCGGCCUCAACAAACCGCCCUCGCGUCCAGCCAUCGUUAUCAACAUAGUAUACACCGGUCGGUUAGGGGGAUGUCCCUUAACCUUCAUCUCUCCAAAGAAACAAAAUGCAUCAACAAACUGACCCCUCCUACACAUCUCCUUAAUUAUGGAAGCAUACAAGCUCGGAUAUGGCCUAUGCCCGUCUUCAAUCGAAUUAUGCAAAAGCCGGAACGCAUCAUCAAUCCUCCCCACCUUCGUUAAUUUUUCUGCUUUUGAUGGUAUCAACAGAAUGUUCACACUUCCACUAAUUUGUCAGCUGAAUGUUGACAAAGAGUGGUGUAGAAUUCUUCCAUCGGAGUUGUGGGCUAUUAAAACCGAAGUUGAGGGCUGGAAUGAUUUUCCUUGUAUGUACUCGUACUGUGUUCUUGGUGCCAUCUUGGGGUUGGGUGUGGUUAGAGAAUGUGACUUAGCCAUAUGGGUGUCUGCAAAUUCACCACAAUGUGGAGUUGUGAUAGAUGUCGCCAUGAGGGCUCAUAUACUUUUACUUUUCUGGUUCAAGCUUUGAAGCGGCUGGCCUCUCAGCUUUCCACACUCUAUGGUGCACAAAAUGGGAAAGUAUUUGCCAUAAGCGUUCUCAAGAAAUGCAUAUCAAAUGCUGCAAUGGCCUCGUUAAUUUUCCCAUUGGAGCAACAGGUGACAGAGUCUCCUGCUUUAGAAGAGGCUUCAUCGAAUUUGAAUGCCGAUGGCAGCGGUGUUAGGAAUGCUGAAGCUUUGAAACCACUAAGCACAGAUGGUGAAGGGGAUUGCAUGAUGAAGGAAAACAUUAUCAGUAGGGUGGUAUUUGUGUCCCAGGUUGCAGCAGCGGUCGCGGCAUUGCAUGAAAGGUCCUUGUUAGAAGAAACACUUACAGCACAACGGGUUUCAAAAACCCUUACUAGAUAUCAACAGGUGGUUGAUCAUGAUCAUCUAUCACAGAGAGCUCAUGAGGAGCGGAAAAACCGAAAUCAGUACAAACCCAUUAUUGACCAUGAUGGGAUUCACUGGGAGAAAUCACGUAACCAGGUACCAGAUAAUAUCAUUACUUCUAGAUAACUUAGCAGAGACAUGAUACUUGUUUCUAGAUAACCAGGUACCAGAUAAUAGAUCAUCUUUUCGGUCAAAUUCUCAUCAUAAGGGAUAGGUACACAUAUGAGAAUCACAGUUCAAACUCUAUGGAACAAAAUACGUUUGAUGACAGAUAUGAUCCUUUGGAGCCUCGUGACGUAUAUGAAGACAAUCUCUCUACAAACAGAAAGUAUGCUAGAGCAAGCAGACAUUCUGAAAAAGAGAAAAUUCCCAAUGACCGUUAGAAAUCUGACUGCCAUGUCGCACGAAGUCAUCAGGCUUCAGCAAUUUUAACUUCAUCUGUAUCCUCCUUUGUAUCCUUAACUAUUUUUCUAAUUAGCUGUUAAGCAUAUAAAUAUUUCAGUUGCGCGUGUUUCUUCCCUCAUUCUUGCUCUGAAUAGAUGAAAAGUUGAUAACAAAACGUUGCUCGUACUGGCAAGGUUGUUGCUAUAUUCAUCAUGGUUUUUUAGCCUCGUCAGUCAACACCACAGUUGAGAUUGUUAUUUGCCGCAUCCUCUUGUCAGUAUUAAGUAUUUACAUUAGUUCAUUAUGAUAGCCCAUUCUAGUAUUUCAAGAUAUAGCGAUUCCCUUUGACUGGUUGGGAUGAGCACAUCAGAGUGCACAUUUGUAGACUUGCAAUUGUUAUCUCUCGCAUUUAGCAAUUGUUAGUCUAGUAAGUCAGCGAAAACACAACCACCUUGUUAAACUCUUCUUACGUGUUAAUCCUGUUUCUUUACACGCUAACCUCUCUGAAUUUUCUGUUGCGCUGGACUUCACUCUGACCAAACCAAAUUAAGUAUAUUGAUGUUAUUGAUGAGCCAUGUUAACCCUGUUAACCUCUCUACGAGAAAUCUAGCUGAUUGUAGCACCAAGCAUGUGAUGCUGCAUUUUUGUCUAGGGGAAUGAGUCUAUCAGAUAACCUGGGUGAUGUCUUUUCUAUUUUUCUAUGCAAUUAAAGCUUCAUGCGCAAUAUAUACAUACAUACAUAUAUAUAUAUGAAACAGUUAUUAGCACUCCAAAAAUCUCAUUUUGCACUCCUCAAAAGUGUAAAUGACAGAGGCCAUGGUUACGAGAUCUCAAUCUGCAAAUGAGGGUCAACAGGUUUGUUGUUGGAUUGCAAAGAAUAGCAUCAUUAUAACGAUUUCUCCGUCCUUCCGACCUCCCACCCCUCGGGACGGUUCCUUUUUUUGUUACUUGCUUUCUACUCUGGUGUUGUAGUAUACAGCAAUACAUGUGAUGUCAUGGUUGAAUUUUCUGAUACCCGUAUCUCUUUGCUCUGUAGAUACUAGAAUGCCCCCAGCGUCUGCUAGAAUGUUGAAGAAGUUUGUGAAUCGUGAAGGGAAGCACCAUGCUCCAUGCUUCUCUGUCCUGUGGUAUUGUCAACAUGGAGAGUGACUGAUGACAUAACUGGAUGAAGCAUAGUACUGGUGCUUUGACCCUUAUUUCUAUGCAAUAGUUUAGUUUUGCUAAUGGAAUGCAGUUCUCUGAUGAAUCGUUUCGACGAGUUCAUACAAAUCGGAAGCAGUGCUUGUGGGAAAGCUGUCUUCAUCUCACCCCUUUGAAAUAUGUAGAUGGAAGAAGAAUGCUUGUUUUGUGUUCUUAGUAUUUUUAGUUUUGUAGAGAUGAUGUAAAAUUGCUAUUUAAUUUGGUAGCAUUUUUUUUUUCUGCAACA